AUGGCGCGGAGCGCGCAGGGCGUCCUCAAGUUCCUUUACACGUGCCUCCCCGACACGCCCGUGUACGCCGGCGCCGCCCUGUCCGCCCUCCCCCCCGCCGACGACGCCGAGGAACGCAUCAGCGCCCUCCCCUUCUCGCUCCUCCGCAACAUCGUCUCCCGCCUCCCCGCCAAGGACGCCGCGCGCGCCACCGCGCUCUCCCGCCGCUGGCGCCCCGUCUGGCGCUGCACGCCGCUCGCCUUCGCCGACGCGCUCCUCCUCCCGGGAGUCCUCGGGGCCCACCGCGACCACGCGCGCGCCGACACGCCGGCCCUCGCCGGUACCUUCUCCCGCGCCAUCGUCGAUACCUUCUCCCGCGCCAUCGCCGCGCACCCCGGCCCCUUCCGCGCCGUCCGCCUCGUGUGCGGCUACUACGCGGACGCCGCGCGCCAGCGGCAGCUCGCGCGCUGGGUCCAGUCGUUCGUCGCCAUGGGCAUCCAGGAGCUCAUCCUCGUCAACCGCCCGUGGCCACUCGACAGUCAGAGUGGCGCGGACGUGCUGUUCCCGCUCCUCCGCGAGCUCGUCCUCUGCUCGAUGGUGGUGGAGAGCAGCGACAUGAACUUCCUCCUCGUCGGGAGCCCCGUCCUGGAGAACUUUGGCAUAGUGGGAAUCAGGGAGAAGGCGAUGCGCCUCCGCCUCGUUGGCCAGCAUCUCAGGUGCGCGCAGAUCCUCAUGUCAGCUAUGGACAGCAUCGCCGUGGUGGACACCCCGAGUCUCGAGCGGCUCAUCCUGUGUGAAUCCAAGGCGUGCAACAGCUCUUGCAUUAGGCUAAAGAUUGGCAAAGCCCCCAAGCUGCGCAUACUUGGAUACUUGAGUCCUGGAAUUCACAUGUUGGAGAUCCAGAACACCGUCAUCAAUGCUGGGAUAAAGGUGACACCAAGUACCAUGGUUCCAGGCAUCAAGAUCUUGGGAUUAAAUGUGCGCUUAGGAGUCUGCAAUGAUUCCAAGAUGUUACCGACUUUCCUCAGAUGCUUUCCCAACGUUGAGACCUUGCAUAUUGUGUCGAGAAAAACCAACAAAGUCACUGGCAGGAUCAACCUCAAGUUCUGGCAGGAGGCCGGUCCCAUUGAAAGCAUCCGGUCCUCCAUCAAGAUGAUGACUUUCCGUGAAUUCGGAAUGGAGCGAAGUGAGGUUGCCUUCCUCAAGUUCUUCUUCCAAAGUGCCCACGUGCUGAAGAAUGCUGUAAUUGUGGGGUCCAAUGAAAGUUCCACAUCCAUUCCUGAGGUGAUUAACAAACUUAAGACUCUGAUUCCUGAAAAUGGGCCUAGUAAUUCCUGCCAUGUGCUGGUCUAUGAAAGUUCAGAUCCUGGGGGUGCUGCCUUGAGUUUGCAAAAAGGAUUUGAUUUUUCUGUUAGCGAUCCUCUCAAGUACCGGUGA